AAACAGUUUUUGUGAAAUACAGAAAGAAAAGGCGAAAAAGAAGAGCCGAGUAGGCCUGACAAAGUAAACAGUCAGUUUUAAUACAUCGAUACAACAGUUCAAAUUCACUCCUCCGUUUGAACGACAAACUGAAGUAUAAUAUUACCGGAAAAUAGGAAGAGCAAACGCGAUAAAAUACCAUAAUGGCAGAUACUGCAAAUUACAUCCAAGACCGUUUCCAGACGUUCAUGAACGGCCUCGGCGACCGUUAUGAGCCUUAUGUGCGCGAGCACCUGUCAAAGGUCUACAUGGUCCUGGGCAGCACUGCCGCUGCCACGGCCAUGGGAGCCCUCCUCCAGAUGCGUGACUUUCUCGAUCUUGGAGUCCUGGCAGCGGUGGCCACUCUUAUCCUGGUUUUGGGUCUGCACUUUUACAAGGACGACGGCAAGAACUACUACACACGUUUGGGCAUGCUCUACGCCUUCGGAUUCUGUUCCGGCCAAACUCUCGGACCGCUUCUCGGCUAUAUAUGCAGCAUCAAUCCGGCCAUAAUCCUGUCUGCCCUUACAGGCACAUUCGUCACCUUCAUCUCGCUCUCCUUGGCCGCCCUUCUGGCCGAGCAGGGCAAGUACCUCUAUCUGGGUGGGAUGCUAGUUAGCGUCAUCAACACUAUGGCACUGCUGAGUCUCUUUAACAUGGUCUUCAAGUCUUACUUCGUACAAGUGACUCAACUCUAUGUAGGCGUUUUCGUAAUGGCUGCCUUCAUCGUCUACGACACACAGAACAUUGUUGAGAAGUGCCGAAACGGAAACCGAGAUGUAGUGCAGCACGCUUUAGAUUUGUUCUUCGAUGUACUCAGCAUGUUCCGCCGGUUGCUGAUUAUCCUGACGCAGAAGGAGGAGCGAAAACAGAAUGAACGCCGUAAGAGAAACUAAAUAAACCUGUAUUUGUACCAGCCACCACAAGUAAAACAUCUGACACGGAAUUUGGAGGUUGGCAGUUUUCUGAUUCUACAAAUUUAUCCGUAUAAAAAAAAAUAAUGCCGUGUACAUUUGGCUUUAAAUUUACAGACAUAUAUCCAGUAUAAAACCCAUGAAA